UGCUCGUGAAAGCGGCAGCUGGAAAAGUGCGCUCAGCGUUUGGGAAAAGUGGGAGCAAACCGGGCAAAACAGAUAAUACAGGGAAGGAAGUAUAAAAUAAGGCGAUGACCAGAAGGAACUGAUACGACUGGAGGUGUUUGAGGUCAACACCUUAAGGACGUCUUUGUAUUUUAUGGUGUAAAACUAAAAAAAAAAGUUCCGAGGAAAAUCAUGGCUUUGUCCUGCAGGAGUUGGCUGUCCAACGAGGGGGGCAAGCAUCUACUUCUGCUCUUGUGGUUGGCUGCCAAUGUUUGGCUGUUUUGGAAAACCUUCAUCUUAUACCUUAAAGGGCCAGAAUACUAUUAUCUUUAUAAAAUGCUUGGGCCAGGAUUGUGUAUUAGCAGGGCCUCUGCAUCUGUUCUAAACCUUAACUGCAGCCUUAUUCUUCUUCCAAUGUGCCGUACGCUACUGGCUUUCCUACGAGGAUCACACAAGGUAACUGGUAGAAGAGCUAGACGAUUGUUGGAUAAAAGCAAAACUUUUCAUACAGUUUGUGGCAUUACUAUCUCUGUCUUUUCAGUGCUCCAUGUUGCAUCUCAUAUGAUAAAUGCUGUAAAUUUCUCUGUCAAUUUCAGCGAAGACUUUCCUCCAUUGAAUCUGGCACAUUACAAAGGCGAGGACCCUAGGAUUCUAAUCUUUACUACUGUUCCAGGAUUAACAGGUGUCCUCUUGGUACUGAUUCUUUUCCUAAUGGUUACAGCAUCUUCAUAUUCAGUUAGGCUUUCUAGCUACAACAUCUUUUGGUACUCCCAUAAUCUCUUCUUCAUCUUCUACAUGGUACUCCUGUUGCAUGUAGCUGGUGGUGCACUUAAAUACCAAGCCAAUUUGCAAGCUCAUCCGCCAGGGUGUCUGAGUCCUAAUAAAACUCUUCAAGGCUCAGUGUUGAAAUUGGAUUCUUAUGUUGACUUGCAAACAGAUCUGUUCUCAAAUGGCUUUUUGAGACAAUCAUUUAUUCAUAAAGGGAACCUCACCAAUAUCUGCAAGGAAGAUCCAAUUUUUAAGCCACAUUUCCCAGCUCAGACAUGGCUGUGGGUAUCUGGUCCUCUUUGCCUGUACUGUGUAGAAAGACUAUACAGAUGUAUCAGAAGCAACACACCUGUUACUAUAUUGUCUGUCAUCUGCCAUCACUGUGAUGUUAUUGAAGUACAAAUGUUGAAAAAAAAUUUCAAAGCACGCCCGGGUCAGUAUAUUGUUUUAUAUUGUCCAAGCAUAUCUGCAGUUGAGAACCACCCCUUCACACUUACUUUGUGUCCAUCAAGAAAACGAGAAACUUUCUGCAUACAUUUUCGUGUCUUGGGAGAUUGGACUAAGAGGCUACAGGAGCUCCUACUUUCAGAUUUGAACACAGACUUGCCAGUGUUCCACCAGAGGAGGUAUCCCAAGUUGUAUGUUGAUGGACCCUUUGGCAGCCCUUCUGAAGAUAUUUUUAACUAUGAGGUCAGCCUGUGUGUUGCAGGAGGUAUAGGUGUCACACCUUUUGCUUCUGUGCUUCAUUCACUUCUAGAUGAAUGGAGGCACUACAAACUCAGGCGACUUUACUUUAUCUGGGUUUGCAGAGAAAUCCGGUCUUUCUACUGGUUUGCAGAUCUGCUUGGUGCGUUACACCACAAGCUUUGGGAGGAAAAUCGACCAGAUUAUUUAAACAUCCAGCUAUACCUCAGCCAAUGCAAAGGAAUAAAGAGUAGUUUUGGCAAGAAGUACCAAAUAUUGAACUCUAGGCUUUUCAUAGGACGACCACAAUGGAAGCUAAUAUUUGAAGAAAUUUCAAAGAGUAACCGACGUAAACGUGUUGGAGUGUUUUGCUGCGGACCAAGUAAGAUUUCCAAGACACUUCAUAAACUCAGCAAUAGCACUAGUGGUUUUGGAACAACAUUUGAGUAUAACAAAGAAACAUUUAGUUGAAGACUGGCCUUGGGUGCAUAUUGUUGUACAGCCUCACACACUUUAUCAGGUGGCCAGCAUUGCUAAGGGGACCAGCUGUAUGAAUAAACAAGCAGCAAUAUGGAGCUAAAGAGACUUUUGAGGCAUUUCAUUUGGGUGAUUGCUUUACUCUCACUAAAAACUUGAACUAAGUAAAAUAUCAUUCUCUAAGCAUCAUAACCCUUUUUUUCAAAAUGUGUCAGUGUUAUUUAAAGUAUUUCUGAGGCUUAAAUAUGUUUAUUUAUUAAAAUGUGUUCAUUUAUUUUUCAUUUUAAUAAAGAUUUCUUUCUUAAAAGGAAGAAUAGUGUAGCCAGUCCAAUUCUGUCAUCCAGUAUUAAAAUAUGUGAGACCAAAAACUGAAAAAAUAAACAAAUUUCACACUGUGGAUUAAAAUGCCAGUAAUUUAUUUGUCUUAUGGGUAUGGAUUUGUGGAGUAUGCAGUAUGGAGUUGUUCAUGUAAAAGUAAUUUGAUAUUAACUUGCUCGAUAUGAAAGUUACAAUAUAAAGUAAUAAACACUUAUUUAAAAAUACAGUACAUGAAUAAUUACAACAAAAUGCCCCUGAACACUGAUUUCUUAAAAGGAGUUAUGUACCAUAAAAUAUUUGAGGUAUUCCUCAUUUUGUGUUGCAGUGUUAAACUGUUACAGUAAAUAAAUCUCAUUUGAUGGAAUGUGUACAGUAUUGUCAAUAUGGUAAUGACUGAUAUUUCAGCAUUUUGUAAUAAAGGUAAUUUAUUUAACAAACCACAA